AUCGGGCCAGCCGCUCAGGCGCCUGAAGCAAGUUCAUCUCCUCCCUUGCUCUUCCUUUCCCUUGUCUCGGUCUCGGACUCCUCGACUCCUCCCUUUGCUCUUCCUUCCCUGGGCGGCGGCGCCACCUGUCCUGUCUUCGCCCAGCCCUUUGCCGGCGACGAGCGCAUCCUCCAGGAUGGAAUCCUUGUGGAAGCUGACCUACUUGCUUGAGCCUGCAUCACUUGCUCUCAUCGCCACAGCCAUUUCGGUGGCCUAUGCAUCAGCAUCGCGUGCUCUGGACUAUGGCAAGGAGAUGGAGAGGAACUUGGAUUUUUCAGAGGCUUCCAUUACAUUGGAUCGGUCGCAGGCUCUAAUGAUCCCCCUUGCAAGCUCAUGCAGUCUGUUGCUGAUGUUCUACUUGUUCUCAUCUGUCUCACAUCUCGUGACUGCUUUUACCACUGUGGCCUCAGCAAUGGCACUCUUCUUUUGCCUGUCUCCGUACAUUACCUACCUCAAGACGCAGUUCAAUCUAAUGGAUCCAUUCAUGUCCAGGUGUUGUUCAAAGUCGUUUACCCGGUUGCAAGGUUUGCUGAUGCUCUUCUGCAUAACCACAGUGUUAGCCUGGCUGGUUUCAGGGCAUUGGUUGCUAAAUAACCUUCUGGGGAUUUCCAUAUGUAUAGCAUUUGUCAGCCAUGUGAGGCUUCCCAACAUAAAGAUUUGUGCAUUGCUUCUGGUAUGCUUGUUUGUGUACGAUAUUUUCUGGGUCUUCUUCUCAGAGAGGUUCUUUGGAGCAAAUGUUAUGGUCUCUGUUGCCACUCAGAAGGCAUCUAAUCCUGUUCGUACAGUAGCAAACAAGCUUAGUCUGCCUGGGUUGCAGUUAAUUACAAAGAAACUGGAGCUUCCAGUCAAGCUUGUUUUUCCAAGAAAUUUGUUGGGUGGGAUUGUUCCAGGAACCAGUCCUGGUGAUUACAUGAUGCUUGGCCUUGGAGACAUGGCUAUUCCAGGGAUGCUUCUAGCCCUUGUACUCUUCUUUGACAACCGGAAGCACAAAGAUGCGAAUAUUCCAUCAGACGUGUCUCCCUCAAAGCGGCGAAACUAUGUGUGGCAUGCCCUAACAGGGUAUGGUGUAGGGUUGGUAGCUGCAUUAGCUGCUGGGAUAUUGUCUCAAUCUCCCCAGCCUGCCUUACUCUACCUGGUGCCAUCGACACUGGGGCCUGUCAUGUACUUGUCAUGGUUAAGGAACGAGCUGUGGGAGCUGUGGGAAGGAUCUGGGCCGAUUCUAAACGAGAAAGCUCGUUUGUUGGAGGUCUAAGAUCCAAGAGGACCAUAAAUCAUCGGCGCCCACCAUGAUGUAAUCUAAUUUGACAUCACUUCAGCUCCUCAUACAGAGGAGAGUAUUUAUAAGCUAGAAUUGUCUAGUAAUGUAAGUUUGUACGCUACUGUUUUCCUUGCAAGAGGAAGCAUAUAUGUAUCACCUAACUGCUUGUAAUAGAAAAGUUCAAUGCAUUUCAGCUUAUACCCUUGUA